CGGCGGCGCUGGGAGGAGCGGGGCGGCUGUGGGUGGGUCUGACGUGAGGCUACACGAGAUUCUCCUGCGCGCCGCUUUCUACUACUUUCGGCUCGCGGGUGUCUUUGCCAUGGGGCUGCCGCAGAUGUGGAGGCUCGUGUGGAGACCUGGGUCUCAAUCAAUGAAGAAAAAUGGAAGAGUUGCUUUCCUUCAUUUUUUUUAAUACCUCGAAAUUAGCUGUUCCUGUGUCUCUGAACAGCUCAGAGAGAGACGGCAAAUACUAAGAAAAUCACAUGUCAUUGCUGCUGCUUUUUGAAGUUGUUUAAUUCAUUCAAAAGAACUGAUAUCAUACUGCAACAUUUGAGAAUGUCUAAGCACACGGAGGCAGCAGAAGUACUAUUGGAAAAAAAAGGUUGUGCAGGAGUGAUAACACUAAACAGACCAAAGUUCCUAAAUGCACUGAAUGUUAGUAUGAUUCGGCACAUUUAUCCACAGCUGAAGAAUUGGGAACAAGAUCCUGAAACUUUCCUGAUCAUUAUAAAAGGAGCUGGUGGAAAGGCUUUCUGUGCUGGGGGUGAUAUCAGAGCGAUCUCCGAAGCUGGAAAGGCAAACCAGAAGAUAGCUCAAGAUUUCUUUAGAGAAGAAUAUAUGCUGAACAAUGCCAUUGGUUCUUGCCAGAAACCAUAUGUUGCACUUAUUCAUGGAAUUACAAUGGGUGGGGGAGUUGGUCUCUCAGUUCAUGGGCAAUUCCGAGUGGCUACUGAAAAGUCUCUCUUUGCGAUGCCAGAAACAGCAAUAGGACUAUUCCCUGAUGUGGGUGGAGGUUAUUUCUUGCCACGACUUCGAGGAAAACUUGGUUAUUUCCUUGCAUUAACAGGAUUCAGGCUGAAAGGAAGAGAUGUGUAUGCAGCAGGAAUUGCUACACAUUUUGUAGAUUCUGAAAAGUUGGGCAUGUUAGAAGAAGAUUUGUUAGCCUUAAAAUCUCCCUCAAAAGAAAAUAUUGCAGAUGUCUUAGAUGCUUACCAUGCAAAGUCCAAGAUUGAUCAAGACAAGUCUUUUAUACUUGAGGAACACAUGGACAAAAUAAACAGUUGGUUCUCGGCCAAUACCUUGGAAAAGAUAAUUGAAAAUUUACAGCAAGAUGGUUCAUCUUUUGCCCUAGAACAGUUGAAGGUAAUUAGUAAAAUGUCUCCAACAUCCCUAAAGAUCACACUAAGGCAACUCAUAGAGGGGUCUUCAAAGACCUUGCAAGAAGUAUUAACUAUGGAAUAUCGGCUGAGUCAAGCUUGUAUGGGAGGCCAUGAUUUUUAUGAAGGUGUUAGGGCAGUUUUAAUAGAUAAAGACCAGAGUCCAAAGUGGAAACCGGCUGAUUUAAAAGAAGUUACUGAUGAAGAUUUGAAUGAUUACUUUAAAUCUCUGGGAAGUAACGAUUUGAAAUUUUAAGGUGACUAGAUUUUUAAGGGAUUAUUUUGGAGCAAGUGUCAGCAAACCAAAGUACAUGGGCCAGAUCCGGCCUGCUGCCUGUUGUUCAGUUUUCCACAAGCUAAGAAUGGUUUCUGUAUUUUUAAAUGGCUGAGGGGAAAAAAAAAAAAAAAAUCAAAGACUAAUAUGUCAUGACGUGUGAAAAUUACAUGAAAUUCAAAUAUCAGUGUUCAUAAAUAAAGCUUUAUUGGAACAUCACUGUACUCAGCUGUUUACAUAUUGUCUAUGGCUGCUUUGAGUAGUUGCAAGAGAGACUGCAAAGCCUAAAAUACUUACUCUGUGAUCCUUUUCAGAAAAUGUUUGCCAACCCGUUUUAUAGAAAUGGGAAAAUUUGAAGGUUUUAAAUAUCUAAUUGAAAUGAGAGCCUUAUGUUUUGGCUUUGGGUAGUAGUUUUUAUGUUGAUUAAAUAAACUUAUGUAUAGAUUAUUAAAAAAAUAACCCUGAAAUUUUUUUGGCUAUUGUGUUAAUGCUUCAGAGAAUUUCCUGCAUAUAUAAACCUGUUUUAAAGUAAUUAUAAGUUACUAUAGAAGUGUUCCUUUUAUAAUAUUAGAAAUCUCAGGCAAAGAGAAAAGGUUUUUAUGAGGUUGUCUCUCUAGUAUUAUUAACUCAGCUUUGGUCUUCUCUAAAGUUAACCAGGAUCCCUUCCUAUGGUGAAAGUGAUGGUUGUUUUGUAGGAUUUGUUAAUCUGAAAGAAUGAGGAAUUAGGAAACUCCAGUCUCUAAAAUAGAGACACAUUGCUUUCUGCAAUUUACAUUAAACUUGUGUGCGAUAAGUUAUCUGCUGUUACACAGAAUAAUUCAGGAGGAAAAUAAAAAGGGCUUUUUGUUCAAAAUAGAAAUAUGUUCAAAAACUGUUGACAAAAUAAGUUUUUCUUAAGGUACACAAGAAACUGCAGGGUGUUCCAGACUUGGGACAUUAAAGUCAAGGUAAGAAUAAUCUUUAAAGGUCAGUUUAUCAUUUAUUUUAUGACUUAUUAUAGUUUUCCCUCCAUCCCAGACCAUUCAGAAACUAAGAGAAUUUCUGGUUUUUAAGAACAGAAAGUGGCAGAACUGAAAAAGACGUCAAAGAUCGUAUCCUGCACCCUUCUUAUAGAUGAGGAAAUUGAAAUCUAGGAGUUGCUUUAAAUUUUCUAAAUAUUUAACAUGAAGCAUUUUUCCCCCAAAAAAGUCAAGAAUAGAUUUAGAAUACAGAUGGCAUGAUAAUGGACAUGUUUACAUUUUCUUAAAGCUCUCAAAUUGGACCUGAAUGAUCCAAGAAAUUAUUUGUAUCAGUGGAUUUUUAUCCACUUUGUAUUCAUUAGAAAUGCAGAAAAAAUAUUAAGUUCUUUAUAUCAAAAAAAUUGACAGUACACAAUAUUGAAAGGCAUUUGCUUUAAUCAGAAAUUGUAACUGGUUAAUGGCAACUAGACUUUUAUUGUAUGGUUAGGAAAAAGGUUUUCACAAAAAUAUUUGGAAAAAUACCAUUUCCUAGCUAAGUCUUACAGGGAAGAGAAUUAAUAAAACUUGAGUUUUGCAAAGUAAGAUAUAGGGAGUACAUCUGAGCUUGUGCCCACUGCUCCAAGGAAGAUAUGGUGUUUGGCCACACAAAUACAGGAUGAGGGCAUUAUGAUCAAGCAAACAAUAUAUUUAUUGGAACUUUGUUUUUAACUUACUAUUCCUUGACAUUAUUUAUCAUGUGUCUUUGAUUUCUAAAACUAUAUAAUACAAAAAGUAUAGUUCCCUCUUCUCAUAAAAUGCCAGUGAUAUUAAGUAGGAUGAGUGUCAUGCUGUCUCCUUCAUUCAAUGUGUCUGUUUUUAAUACUAAUAAGGCAAUUUGACACAAAUUAUUCCUUUGAAACUAAGAUCCCCUUAAAUUGUGCUUUAAGUGCUAAUGACCACAGGUCGUUUGCAAAGAACAGAUAAGGCAACUGAAAAUUGAGAACUCUGGGAUCGGAGGCUUUGCAACUGAAAGGUAAGAGCACACAAGACACCUUUACCUGGUGAAGGGAGCAGUGAAGCACGGUUGUGGGGUUCAGUGAGGGACUGGCACACUUCUCUGAUAAUCCGCUGCGUUUACAGUUGCCAUCUGAGGUUCCUGGUCACAUGGGUGGCAGCUCAUCUGCCUCUAUCCUGGAUGUUCUCAAGGGAGAAGAUUCAGGGGUUGGGCACAUGUCCAUGUGGUAAAGAAAGGAACUUGCUACUGUGCCCCUUACCUUAGUCGAGAACACUGGAGACUUGUUUUUGCAGUGUGUCCUCUGAUGGAGCCUGACGUGAGUGCUGUUUCUUGGGCCCUUUUUUGCCCGGUUUCCUUUCCCUUAUAAUUUGGCCACUAUUAUUUCAUCUGUGUUUAUGAUGUGUAAGUUGGAACAAAUGUUUCCCUUUCCGGUAGCUAAUAAUUCUUUGCCUUCUGUUUUAUAUGUUCCUUCCUUCUCAAAUAGAUCUUCCAUUCUUUUACUGUUUGUGAAAAUUCAAAAUGAAGUAAAUCCAAUAUUUAGAUAUGAAGGUAUGAAAGAAGUUAUCCUAUCAAAGAUGUUCUCAUCUGUUUUGUCAUCAAGGCCAAACUAUAUCUUGAUGAUUAGCACAUGCAGCACAAAUUUGUUUAUCCGCUGCUUUUUCCUGCCUGCCUCCAACUUGGAUUAUUGACUAACUCACUGAUUUGGUUUGACAUAAUACAGCGUAUAUUUCCACGAUAAUUCUGUUGUAAGAUCUUAUACUCUGUUAAAAUGAUUCAGGAGCGAGGGGUUGAUGCUUGGUGACAAAACCAUACUGUCAGAGUGGCAACAGAGGUGAGAAUUCUAGUGAGAUAUGGAUCUGACAGGCAUCCCUGCUCCAGCCCUGGGAAAUAGGGGCCCAGGCACAGAACCUGAGGUUAAAUAUUUAUAAGAAAACUCAACAGUCUACAUCCCUGUGUAUGCUGAAAAAUUGAGUGUGGCUAUGGCUUUUGUGUUCUCUUAUCUUUUAAAUAGUAAAUGACUUUGCAGCAAGAGUGGCCUGAUGUGAGAUACAAAAUGAAUGAAAAAUGGCAACGUCUAGGCUUUUGUCUGAGUCAUUAGUAUACUCAAAAACCUAAAUUUUUCUUCAUGAGCUCGAAAGAUAUUUUGCAUUUUGAGAAGACUUUUGUGCCUUAGCCUUAGAACUUCAGAUCCUUAUAUAAACAGGAGAGGUGGUUUUUCUACUUUGUAAGUUUCUAGAUUGCAAGUACAACAGGACAGUUCAAAUCUUGGGACUAGGUGAAAUGAAAGUUCAGGUGUCCAAGGGCAACUGAAAGAUGGCACAUGACUCACUUCAAAGUAUUCUCUUUGUCCAUGCAAUUGGGAGAAUUCACUCUGUUUGCGGGUUUCAAAGUAUAGUCGUUAAAAUUAGAGGUAGCAUUUCUGCCUUACAAGGCCAAAUAUAUAUUUAUCUCAUUAAAGAGGUCACAAGUCUUUCUGCCUUCCUUUAAUUGUCAGUGACAAGUGUCUAUUGAAUCUUAAUAGAAUUUAAUGCACACAGACUUAAAUAAUUCCCUUUCCAACUAAGUGUGUAGCAAAUCUGGACGAAAAGACCAUUCUAGAGACUGAGUCCCAAUUUUUCUACAGGUUAUGUUUUCUCAGUAUCUUCUUCCACUCCCAAAUUCUCUGUUACCAUUAAUUUUAAACAGUACUUAAUU